ACUAUGCCAGCAAUCUAUGCAACAAAUGAAUAAACAAGGAGAGCAGAUACAGCCAAGUUUCAAUCUAUCAACGGCUUUAGGACAUGGUUCAACUUCCCUAGGCAUUGCGCCGUCUUUUAAUUCCACUAUUCCCGUUUAUUCUACUAAUUCAUCAACUCCAGGAAAAUUCGGAUUCCCAGCUUCAUCGUUUUCAGCUGUUGACAUGGUUUCCCCCGAACUACGGAACGAUAUCAUUACAGAUGAACAAGUUCAGACUUUUAGCGCCUCUAGCAGAAGCAACAGCCACUCCUUGCCCACAGCUUUCAGACAUUCUCUGGACAGCUCAGUAGAGACAUUAUGGAAGUAUUCUGUAGCAGACAGUACAAGAUCGCUUUACACUACAGGUUUUGACUUAUAUAAGAAGUUCUCCUUACUACAGGGAUCAUUCUGGACUUCAAAUGAAAUGCCGCCGGUUUCAGAAACUUUGUUAAUGAGAUUUGUUGCCUUUUGCGAUGAACAUAAAAGCUUAAAAUAUAGUACUAUUAAACUGUAUUUAUGUGGUAUAAGAUAUUAUUACUUGCAAUAUGCAGGAUUUAGUCCUUUAGAACAAUAUGGCAAGCCAUUAUUAUGUUUACAAUCAAUUUUGAAUGGUUUAAAAAAGAAGCAGAAAGGUUGUGUAAAAAGGCCUAGAUUGCCGAUUACUAUGUCUUUGUUGUAUAAAAUGGUUAUGCUAUUGAGAAACAAUUUUUUCAGUCUUUUUAACAAUGUUAUGUUAGAAGCAGCUUGUGUUGUAGCUUUUUUUGCUUUUUUGCGUUGUGGGGAGUUCACUAUACUUAGCAACUUUGAUUCGGAAACACAUUUGUGUGUUGGUGAUUUAGCAAUUUUUGAAGAUCACAUUUUAAUACAUUUGAAAAAAUCAAAAACAGAUCCUUUCAGACAAGGUGUCACUAUACCCUUAUACAAAAGUGGACACACUAUUUGUCCUUGCUUUGCUAUUAAAAAUUAUUUGUCUCUUCGCAAGAAAAUGUCAAGUAUUACAUCUGAUGCCCUGUUUGUCUCUGAUGAUGGCAAUCCUUUAAGUAGACAAUUUUUUAUUAAACAUGUCAAAAUUAUUUUAGAAAAUUUAGGCCUUGAAAGCAAAAAUUAUAAUGGGCAUUCUUUCAGAAUUGGAGCAGCAACAACAGCACAGGAAGUAAGAUUAGAAGACCACUUAAUUAAAACUUUAGGCAGGUGGUCAUCAGAUUGUUAUACUAGGUAUAUUCAUACCAGCCCUAAAGUAAUUCAACAAGCUCAAAAUCAGUUAGUUUCAUCAAUUUCCUUGUCUUAAACUUUUGUACUGGCAAUAAAAGGAGAAUUAAACUUGGGGCUACAGGUGCUUCGCAUCUGUAUUUGGACUUUUCGAUAAAAUUGUAUACUUUUAUCAUCAAAUUUUAUCUUAUCCCCCAAGUUUUCUGUAUAUAUUAAUUUUCAUUUAUAUGUUAAAAGGGGGAUAACUCUUAAUGUUUAUUAUGUGAAUGCAGCUGUUAGUCCCCAGUUUUUCUAAUGUAAUUUCUAUUUUCAUAUUAUAUAUUAGUUUUAAUAAAUAGUUUUAUAAGCACUGGAUCUUUAUUUAGUCUGAGGAUAAUUAUAUUCCACAUUGAAAAACAACACAUAGAGUUACUUAUCACAAUAUUGGAUAUCAAAAGAGAUGCAAGGUAUACAUCAGUGAGAUAGUUUUGUCUUGGAAACUUAAGACUUAAGGUCAAAUACAGUCUUCAACAAUAAUGUUAUUUCCAUCUCUGUCUACUUUAAGGAUGAAUAUAAAUUAACAAUUAUUUGGAUAAUUGAUGUUUAUAUAAAGGAUUAACUUAGUUUUAGUCAAAGAUAGGUUUUCCCCAUUUGUACCUCUUUAUCAUGUUAGCCUCAUUUUCAAAUUAUUUUGGGAUAUACGUCAUCUAUAUUGCUGCUCUUGGAUCAAUAGCAGUGCCCCUUUUGUCAUCAGAUAUUUUCAUUAUAUUUUGAUUGGAUUUUCAUAUUUUAAAUUUCCGCCACCAUCCCCACCUCUCUCCUUUUGUUGCCAGUGCCUCUGGGGACUAUUUAGUAGUCAUUACUAUUGUUGUAUAUACAUGAACGUAUACCUGUAAUUUUAUGACCUUAAUUUUUGUAUCAUUUUUUGUUUUUUGUUUUGUUUAUACUGAUGUAUGAUUUUCUUUUAUUCUCUUCUCAUGCUGACGUAUGAGUUUAUUUUAUACUACUCAAGCUGACGUUUGGGUUUCUUUUAUAUUUACUCAUGCUUACGUAUGAGCUCUUAUUUACUUUUCAUGCUGACGUAUGAUUUUCUUUUUUUUUCACUACUCAUGCUGACGUAUGAGUUUCUUUUAUACUACUCAAGCUUACGUUUGGGUUUCUUUUAUAUUUUCUCAUGCUUACGUAUGAGCUCUUAUUUACUUUUCAUGCUGACGUAUGAUUUUCUUUUUACUUUCUCAUGCUGACGUAUGAGGUCUUAAUUUGUACCCAUGCUGACGUAUGGGUUGCAUUUAUACUACUCAUGCUGACGUAUGAGUUUCUUUUACAUCUUCUCAUACUUACGUAUGAGUUUUUUAAAUCUCUCUACUCAUGCUGACGUAUGAGUUUCUUUAAUUCUUAUCAUGCAUGAUGUUAGAUCUUUUCUAUACUCAUGCUGACGUAUGAGCUUUAACUCUGUACUCAUGCUGACGUAUGAGCUUUUACUCUCUACUCAUGCUGACGUAUGGGUUGUUAUUUUAUUUUUCAUUUUUCAUGUACUUAUGAGCUCAAAUUUGUAUUGUUAAUGAAGAGCUCUUAUAUUUGAUACUCAUACUGUUUUUUUAGUUUGUUUAUUUUAUUUACCUACUGAGGUAUUAAGGUGUUAAUUUUAAUCAUGCUGGACUUUUCGAUAAAAUUGUAUACUUUUAUCAUCAAAUUUUAUCUUAUCCCCCAAGUUUUCUGUAUAUAUUAAUUUUCAUUUAUAUGUUAAAAGGGGGAUAACUCUUAAUGUUUAUUAUGUGAAUGCAGCUGUUAGUCCCCAGUUUUUCCAAUGUAAUUUCUAUUUUCAUAUUAUAUAUUAGUUUUAAUAAAUAGUUUUAUAAGCACUGGAUCUUUAUUUAGUCUGAGGAUAAUUAUAUUCCACAUUGAAAAACAACACAUAGAGUUACUUAUCACAAUAUUGGAUAUCAAAAGAGAUGCAAGGUAUACAUCAGUGAGAUAGUUUUGUCUUGGAAACUUAAGACUUAAGGCAGAUUUUACAGUAUUGUGUUCUGUCUCCUACUUUCAUGUUGCUAACGUGACGGAGACAUAAAUUAGUAACGUUAGCGACAUUGGGACAUGUCACAUGAGCAACAACAUCUUUAAAAGUUAAAAUGUAUGCACACAGUGAUGUUUAAUAUAUGCCUGGAGUAAUACAAUUGUACAGUCUGGUUUAGAAUUUCUAAAUAUACAGAAUGUCAUUUGCAGGUGUACUUUAUAUCAAAUGAAUACACAAGAAACCAAUUCGUAAUAGUAACAUUAGGAACAUCUACUAUUAUGACAUUACGUUUUGUUGCGAACGUCUUAUUGAUGGACGGAAUAUAUUUAAGGUCCUCUUGUAACGAUAUUACAUACAACUUACCUUCUUUGCUUCCCCAUCAUGUGAAGGAACUGACUCUGAAUCUAUUUCUGCAAAGGGCGAUAUCGUAACUCCUAUACAGGAGAGUUACAGAUCUAAAUAUAUGUUGCUCACGUGACACUGAUUUGGACGGAAACCUCGAGCAGUAACGUUCGCAAAAAAUAAAACAGCCAAUGAUAUUGAUUCCUCAAGUCCUUUGACCCCCUUACGUCAUCCAAAUUUAAUAUGAUUGCUAUUUUCAAUUAUUUAUAAAACCCGGGAUAAAAAUAACUUCAAUGGGCUGUCUGAGAACCAACAAGAAAAUUGCGAUCGUGACAUACCACAAUGGACGGAAAAGACGUGACGUUAGCAACAAUAUUAUUUAAUUACCUUUUUUAGCCUUUACCAAUAAAAAUCUGCCUUAAAGUUAUGAUUGAAACACAAAAGAAGACUUUUUAUUAAAAUAUAAGUCCAUGUUAUUAGGCUCCACUUAUAAAUAAUACUUCAAAAUUCCACUCCAAAUAAGCUGGAUGUCAGUAAAGUAGGUCAUGAUGUCUAUUCCAUGUCCAAUAUUUUGAAAUUAAAAACCCUCUAAUUCUAACAAAAAACACAAACACAGAGUAAUUUUUAUUUUUAUUUACUCAGAAAGACACAUUUUAUUCAAUAACAUAAUGCAUUACUCCAUUACACAGUCUGUUUCACAGUUUCAGCAAUUGCUUUUUUGAUGGAUACAAAAAAACAACAAUUCCUUCUUAUUGUAAAAUCUGCCUUAAGGUCAAAUACAGUCUUCAACAAUAAUGUUAUUUCCAUCUCUGUCUACUUUAAGGAUGAAUAUAAAAUAAUGUAUCUGUUUUUGCCAUCCAAUAGUCAAACCAUUGUUAAAAAGAGGAACUAAAAAUUCAUGCAUGUUAUGUGGUUAUUUUUAGAACAAAUUAUGAAGAAUAGUGUUAUAUGGAUCCCUAAAAACUUAUACCCCCUCUCACACCUUCCCUUCUUUUGGAGGCAGGUGAUACUCAAACAUGUGGAUGUUGGUCAGUUCUUUUGUUCUUCCAUCCACAAAUGCUCUUGUUACCAUUGACAUUUACUCUAUUAUAUGCUCUGUACAGACUCUGAUUAGAAUGUUUUUUAGC